GCCACGACGUCCACCACGCUCGUCCUCCGUCCACUGAUCUCGCUGGUUCUGCUCGUCUUGCACGAUGGCUCUUGCAUGUGAGCCGCUCUGCCACUUCGGUGGAAGGCUCUACUUCACGUCCUUCCCCAACCCGCCACCACGAUCGGAGGUGCUGAAUCGCCUCGCAGCUGGCCCAGAUUAUGCGCCUCGGAUACGCGGAACGUCUGCAGGAUCGUCAUCCUCCGUCACCCCCGACGAUGAUGCGAAGUACUACUACUUCACGAUCGACGACCAACUGCUGUAUCUAUCCUUCUUCCAAGACUGGGGUCCACUCAACCUAUCAAUGGUGUACAAGGCAUGUAUCCUAAUACAUGAACUUCUCCAGGACCAAACACUAUUAUCACACCGCCUCGUUCUCUACUCCUCGAAUGACCCGCGUAGGAAGGCCAAUGCGGCAUUGCUCAUGGCACUCUAUGUCAUGAUUGUACAGCAGCGGCCACCAUGGGAGGCAUUCCAUCCAAUCGCAGAAAUCGAAUUCAUGCCGUUCCGUGACGCCGGGCGAGGUCGGUCGGACUUCAACCUCAGCAUCCAGGACUGUCUAUGGGGCAUCUACAAGGCCAUGCAGAACGGGUUGUGCGACAUGAACGAUUUCGACGUCGAAGAAUACGAAUACUAUGAGAAGGUGGAGAACGGCGACUGGAACUGGCUGACGCCAAACUUCAUUGCCUUCGCGUCACCCGUGGACCCCGUAUGGAUCAAGAGGGAGAGGGAGAAGAUAGAACAGGCAAAGGCAGACGCGCCUGUGUCGCCUGCGAAGUCAACGCGAGAUCAUGCUUUGCAGAGGAAACUGCCUACGCCGUUCCUCAACUGCUUGGACUACUUCGAGAAGUCCAACGUCAGGCUAGUGGUACGACUGAACAACGCGCUUUAUGACCGGCAGCACUUCAUGGAACGGGGCAUCCAACAUCAAGAGCUCUAUUACGACGACGGCACGAAUCCGACGGACGAGAUCGUGAGGAAGUUCAUCGACAUGGCAGACGAAGUGGUGGAGGACGGAGGCGUAGUCGCCGUUCACUGCAAAGCAGGGCUCGGCCGUACGGGGACGCUGGUCGGCGCCUAUCUGAUUUGGAAGUACGGCUUCACAGCGUCCGAGGCCAUUGCCUUCAUGCGGAUAGCGCGACCGGGAUGCGUCGUCGGGCCUCAGCAACAAUACAUGUACCUCAAGCAGCUGGAGUGGUGUAAGUGGUCGGCGUACGACGAGGUGAAGCGCAUCCGCGAUAUGAGCGCAGCAGCGGCCACAGCGCUUGUUGUGCCCGCAACGCCACCAGCAGAAGACGACCGGAUGGACGUCAGCGAUGGGCCUGCUGCGGUACCAUUCACCCCCGUCCCAGUCCCCCCUGUUACACCCAGCAAGCACAUCGCUCGCGCCCAAGCGCAAGCACGCGAGAUCGCGCCGCCCGCACAGCCGCGCAAGACGCCCAUCGCGAAGCGUGUCGCGUCCGACUCGGAUGCGGAAGAAGAGGGCGACGUCCUCCCUGCCCUGGGUGUGGCGCCCGCGCCUGUAAGGCGGAAAUCGAAGCCAGCGAGCGCACGGCCGGCGGGUGUGCGCGGCACCGCGUCCGAGCAACGUCCGGUGCGUGUGACACGCUCUGCGGCGGGUGCUGCAGCCGCCGCACGGAGGACAGGUGGGACGGCCACGGCGCUGACCGUGACGAAGAGCGUGAAGGCGAACGGGCAGGCGCCGAACAAGAUCCCGCGUCUCGCGAACGGGACGAGCGUACGCGGGACGAAGGAGGCGGUCAAGGAGGGCGCUGCGGCCCCGACGGCGACGACGCGCAAGUUGCGGAACCCACCGUCGCCGAUUCCAUCGCGCCUCCCGACCCUUGUCGCGAAGCGUACGCACCACAACGCGACGACGUCCGUGAACGAGCUCCCCGCAGCAGCAAUUGCGGCGGCGAAGUCAGCCGUUGCAGCGGCGGGCGCGUGGAUGACGACGAACGCUGCGGCGGUGGUAUCGAAGGAAGGACGCCCGAACUUGCGGCCGAUUCGCAGGCGACGGAGCAGUUUCAGCGCGGCGGACGUUGUCGCGUGAAGUUGCCCUCGUGGCACUAAUUCCCAAGUUUAUAGCAAACAGGCUGGCCUGGAAGUUUCUCUCUCAACAAGUAUAUAUCUGAUGGAUUUUGCGUCGUCGUUGCAUCUCCGUUGCAUUU